AUGGCCGGUAUACUAGAACAAGAAGACAACAAAGGUAAAAGGCACCCUAUAGCCUAUGCUUCUAGGAAAUUAAAAGGAUGUGAGAAGAACUAUACAACAACAGAAUUGGAUUUGUCGGCUGUAUUAUUUGCGACAAACCACUUCAGAGAAUAUCUUUUAGGAAGAAAAAUAACUGUGUUUAGCGAUCAUUCCAGCUUACUGUAUUAUCAAACGAUGAAAAACCCUUCAUCUCGUGUUACAAAAUUUAUUUUUAAACUCUUAGAAUACGAUCUUGAAAUAAAACAUCGCCCAGGCUCAUGGAACAAGGCUGCAGAUUGUCUCUCGCAUUACCCCGUUAAUAUAACGAAAAUUGCUGAUAUGUUAAACGAUGACGACGACAAAGAAACAAUACAACCUGAGACACAGAGCAUUACAGUCGACAGACGAAUAUUGUAA